CUGAACACUAGCUAGAAUGAACGACCCCGGACUCGACGAGCCGAUAUCGAACGACGCACAAGAUGUGGAGAACCAAGCAAAGGAUGAGAAAGAAGAGAAAGAAGAGGAUGAGCAGGCGUUCCUGGAGCCUAGUCGAUGGUGGUUUGCCAGCACGGCGUUCCCACUCAUCGCAGGGACUUUCGGUCCCAUGGCCUCCGCGUUCAGCAUCUGCGCUUUAGUCGUACACUGGAGGGUAUACAUACCACCUGGCGCAGCAGAACAAAAUGGAGUUCCCAUACCGGAUCCAAAAUGGUUACUCGGCAUCAACGCAGCCCAAUUAGCCUUAGCUCUGAUAUCAAAUCUCUUCUUACUGUUGAAUAUGGCUAGAAGAGUAAGGUUCAUUAUCGCUCAGCCCAUCACCAUUGUAGGAUGGUAUCUUUCUUCGUUCGCUCUGAUCGGGCUAUGUGCUUGCACCAGCGGGCCUCUUGUCAUUCAGCCGACGUCAGACCAUGCCUUCACUCAAGCCUAUUACUACGCUAUCUUCUCAGCAGGGCUGUACUUCCUUGUCGCUACUUUAAUGCUUGUUACUGUCUAUGGAGCCCUCCGAGGCCAUUAUGACAAAGAGUUCCAGCUGACAAUGAGCCAACGGACAUUGAUGCUCCAGACUAUCAGCUUCCUGGUCUACCUUUUAGCUGGAGCAGCGGUUUUCUCCCACAUCGAAGGAUGGGCAUACUUAGAUACUGUCUAUUGGGCAGACUUCACCCUCCUAACCGUAGGAAUUGGUGAUUAUUCGCCAAGUACCCAUCUAGGAAGAGGCCUUCUCUUUCCCUUCGCCAUUGGCGGAAUCAUAAUUUUGGGUCUCGUAAUCGGCUCCAUCCGCUCCCUCGUCCUAGAGCGAGGCAAAUUAAAAAUGGGUGCCCGAAUGGUGGAAAAAGAGCGCCGCCGCCUGCUAAAGAAAAUGGAAAAGUCAGACAAAAGCGAUAUCCUCCGGCCCGUAACAUCCACCCAAGGCUCCAUGUCCAGAUCUUCGACGAAAACCUUGUCAGAUACUUUCAACGAGCGUGAACGCCGCCGGCAAGAAUUCGACUUCAUGCGUAAAAUCCAAGAAGAAGCACACACGAAACGUCGCUGGACUUCUUUGAUUAUCUCAGGCACGACAUGGUUUGUGCUCUGGUUUGCGGGUGCUGCAAUCUUUCAAGCAGCAGAGUAUGGACAGAAAUGGUCAUACUUCGGCUCUCUCUACUUCUCAUAUACCUCCCUCCUCACCAUCGGCUACGGAGACUUCUACCCACAGUCCAACUCCGGGAAGCCGUUCUUCGUGUUCUGGUCCCUGCUCGCUAUCCCCUCUCUCACGAUCUUGAUCUCGAAUAUGGGAGAUACGAUUGUGAAGGGGAUUCGAGAUGUAACGCUCUGGAUUGGAAACUUCACUGUGUUGCCAGGAGAGCAGGGUGUUAAAGCCACGCUGAAGGAAUCAGCUAAUAAGAUGACCAGAGGCAGAUUAUUCGAUGACGAGAUCUCGGAGCAACCGCCGGGAAUGCUUGGGGAAACGAACAGAAGGGGAGGAGACGAAACCGAGUCGGACGAUAAAGAGGGAGACCAUCAUCUCAGGAACGAUCCUGAAUCCGCGGCUCAACGGGUAGUUGGUGACCACGCGAAGUCCGAGACUGCUCGGGCGAAGAAGCAAGGUGAACAUGGAGACGAGAUUCCGAAGGGCAAGAGGCAUUACCACGUGGUAUUGAUCAAGGAGAUUGGCAAGGUGAUAAAACAUUUGAAUAGUAGUCCGCCGAGGAAGUAUACGUUUGAUGAGUGGGCGUGGUAUUUGAAAUUGAUUGGGGAGGACGAGAAUUCUGCGGAUACGCAUAGGGCCGCGUUGAGGAAGCCGAAACCUGAUGGUGAAGGACUAGGGGCCGCCCUGGCGGACCCGAAUAAGAAUGUCAAGUGGAGUGAGUGGUUUUCUUCUCCCCCUUUUUAAGCGAGCGCUGUCCGACAUUGGAUACUCACAAGAUUUCAAUGCCCUAUUUUGGCUGGAACAAGGAAGAUUGACUUCAUGUAGGUUGGGUAGGAAACCGAAGUCCCUUGAUGGGCAACAAAGAAGAGGCAGAAUGGGUCCUUGAGCGGCUGACUACAACCCUAAAUCGAGAGCUCGAGGCAAUGAGAAGAGAGGAACUGGAAAGGGAAGGAGGAGACGGAGGCGAAAAUUUGACAAAAGACAAACCUGGAGAGGGGGAUGGGCCCGGCACCGAUACCAUUCAAACCGCUACGAGUGAGAAGGAGAACAAUAAACCAUAAACCAAUUGGAAAUGGUUGUUUUGGCGUUUCUGGAAAAGAGCAUUGGGAACUAGCGGGCGUUGAUAUUAUACUACAUAAAAGCAUAAUCUGUAAUUUGUAUCCUUCGCCCACGAGUUGUGUGGUAUGCCAAUAGCAAUGAAUUUCGUCCUUGAGCUAUUCAAAGCUCCUCCU